UUCCCAAAAGAAAGUGAAAGUUGAACUAUACUCAACUGAAAGAGAUAAAGGGCUCACUCAGCCAUAUAAAUGUGUAGAGGCAGCGUACCACCAUUCAACUUCAAAGAAGACUAAGUAGAAGAAUAAGCUAUAUCAGACAGAUUCUUACAUUUACAAAAUGGGCGGAAUCUACAGUUAUUUCUACCCAGAGUCUUCAGGGGAAAUCACAGUUGUCGCUCAGACAGAGACCUAUCAGGACACAGACAGGUCACGAGAGCAACAAGGUGAUAAGAAUAACACCGGGAAUUUCCUGGGGGAAUCACCAAGUGCCUUAGGUGCCAAUGACAACAUUGAGGAUGUGGACAAGUUCAAUGUCCUUGUGAGGUGUGCGGGAAAGACCUUGGACAUAGACGUGUUCCCUCUGGAGAGAAUAGCAGUUCUGUUGGAAAAUGUAUGUCAACAGGCAGGAAAGAAACGCAGCACAAUGAAGCUUGUUUACAACGGGGAAAUGCUGGACGAGAGCAAAACAGUGAAACACUAUAAACUACGAAGAGGAAACUCAGUCAACCUCAUUCAUGCCUAAGUCAAUGUGUUACUUAUUCUUACUGUAUGUGUCAUCAUAGCUGCAUAAAGCAGAAUAUAAUAUCAAUUGGUAUCUGUGUCUCAAAACUGAGUAAGGCUAUAAGAUGCACUACACAUAAAUUGUAUUACAUAGUAUCAUCACCUACGAUUUUAUAAGCUAAUCUUUGAGUGCUGGUGCCCUUGCAUUACAUUGUAAAAACCUAUUGAGGCCCUAGCAUUACAUUGUAAAAACCCAUUGAGGCCCUAGCAUUACAUUUUACCAUUAGACCUACCUGCAAUUUUGUCCUGUCUAUUUGCUUUUAACAAUAAAACUGAUAUUUAUCCAGA